AUGCAUUCCGAAGCUGCCGAGCGGUUUCGUCACUUUCGCUACGAUUUCUGUGGCUGCCUUGGUCCGGCGGAGGUCGAGACAGUGCGGCGAGGCGCAGGGCUUUGGUUGUUAGGUGCACAAGACGCCGCCGCCCGGCUUGACUUCUACAUAACUCUUCACUUCGACUGCAAGACUCCCCGACACGCACUCGGCAAGCAGUCCGCCAUCGUCAUGAACAAGCCUCCCGGAGACGUCUUCGGUGCCUGGCGCCGGCUCGCGCGCCAGCUGCAGCAGGCCCAGCAGCAAGCGCAGCAGCAGGCGAACCGCGGUGCUCGCUCAAACCUCCGAUACGCCAGUGGCUCUGGUGGUGGUGGCUCCAGCGGCGGUAGUGGUGGUCGUGGGCCGAGCCCUCUCGCCGCUGCGGGCGGUGCCGGCCUCCUCCUGGCGCUUGUCGGCGGUGCGGUCGUUGUCAACUCGGCAAUCUACAAUGUCGACGGAGGACACAGGGCGAUCAAGUACAGCCGCUUCUUUGGCGUUAUGCCUGAUGUCUACGCUGAGGGCACCCACAUGCGCAUCCCCUGGGUCGAGAGGCCGAUCAUCUACGACGUACGCGCCAAGCCGCGCUCGAUCGGAAGUCUUACGGGGACGAAGGACCUGCAGAUGGUCAACAUUACUCUCCGGCUGUUCGAUCUCCGGAACCCCCAGUUGGAUGUUGCCUCUGGUAAAGCUGACACCCCCAGCUACCGCGAGCUCGGCACCGACUACGACGAGCGCGUCCUGCCCUCGCUGAUCAACGAGGUGCUCAAGUCCGUCGUGGCGCAGUUCAACGCCUCGCAGCUGAUCACGCAGCGUGAGCUCGUCAGUCGUCUAGUCCGGGACAACCUGACGAAGCGCGCGAAGCGCUUCAACCUCGUCCUCGACGAUGUGUCCAUCACGCAUCUCGCCUUCAGCCCCGAGUUCACGACGGCCGUGGAGGCCAAGCAGGUUGCGCAGCAGGUAGCGCAACGUGCCGCGUUCACGGUCGACAGGGCGAUCCAGGAGAAGCAGUCCAUCAUUGUGCGCGCACAGGGUGAGGCCAAGUCUGCUGAGCUCAUCGGGAACGCGGUCAGGAAGAACAAGGGAUUCCUUGAGCUCAGGAGGCUCGAGGCCGCGAGGGAGAUUGCCAAGGUCGUUGCUGAGGGCGGUAACGCUGUCAUGCUUGACAGCGCGGCGCUCCUCCUCGACGUUACCGACAACACGGUACUCACCCCCGCGAAGAAGUAG